AUGGCAGAGGGGACUCGGUCAAAGGUUAAAGCCAUAGAUAUAUUACUACAAGAGUCGAAUCAACAGCAACAACCAGUAGUAACACAUACACAAAAACGCCAAAUGAAUGAUGAUAAAAAUACUCAUAUGUCAAGAAGCAGUCAUCAUAGUGACACGGAUUCAAAUAUAAUUUUGAAUAAUCACAAUAGUGACAAUCAACUGCAGCCAUUAAAUAAUGAAAUAUCUCCAAAAGCCGCAUCUAGAGCAACUUCAGUAAAAUCAUCCGAAGACUAUUCAAAAUUGAAUUUAUAUACGUUUUAUGGUACUAAGUACGAUAAUAUUCGACUAUGGUUAGACAAAUUCAGGAUGGAAUGCAGUCGACAACAAAUUAAGCAAAAAGAAUGGAUACAUUGUGUGACAUCAUAUUUAGGUGGUUAUGCUUAUAAAUGGUUCGAACAGAACGAAUAUGAUAUUUAUGAUUGGACUGAGUUUGAAAUUAUGUUACUGAGUAAAUUUGACAAUAUCCAAUUACAACAGCAACUAUCAUCAACAUCAGUACAGCAUAUAGACCCAAAUAACAUACUACAACAGCCAGUAUUAUGUACAAAGGUAGCAUCACCAUUAACGAAACUACAUGCACCACAAACUAGUACAUAUGUCCCAAGCGAUAAUACAUUAGAAAAAAAACAUAUUCGGCAAGAACAUCAGCGAUAUCAAUCACCAAAUAUGAACGACAAUGAGAUGGAAUCUGAUUGGAUAUCAGAUUAUAGACCAGCCGAGUUAAGAAAAUUUGAAUCUGAUUUAAGACUAUCGGAUAUUCGACAACAAAUAAAUGAUAUUUCAAUGUUUUCGGCUGAACCUCAUCAAAAUCUAGUUAUAUGGCUGCACGAAGUCGAGCAGCCAUUAAAUCUAGCUCAGAUUACCGAUCAAACGAAAUAUGAAAAAGUUAUAUCGAAAUUGGGCGGAGAGACGAAGAUAUGGUUUUAA